ACAGACACAGUCACACAGUUUCACUGGAGCUGUUCACCUCUGGAGCUCAUUUCGCCUGCUCAUCCCUCACCCUGUACCCACAUCGUAAAGAUCUUUCUUCAACAACUGAUCCCAACACAUUUUUUGAGGAAUUUAAUCAUCUGAGGAUUUUAAUUUUGUUUGACGAUCAGCUGGAUUCGCUUUUUUUUUCUUCUUCUUCUUCUUCUUCUUUUUUAACCCACUAGUGAGAAAAUGUCCCACCACGGCACUCUGGAUCUGGACAGACGCAGCAACGGGGAGAGACCUCGUCGGUCCACCGGUAGAAGCCAGCCCAGGGCCGAGGCCAAGUAUGGAGAGGUCAUGUGUGACUUCUGCACGACGAGGAAGCUGAAGGCCGAGAAGUCCUGCCUGGUGUGCCUGGCCAACUACUGCGAGACUCACCUGCAGUCUCACUACGAAUACCCUGCCCUGAUGAAGCACAAACUGGUCAAAGCAACAGGCCAGAUGAGAGAGAAGAUCUGCGCGCAGCAUGACAAGCUGUUGGAGGCUUUCUGUCGCACCGAUGAGACGUCCGUGUGUGUUUUGUGCAUGAUGGACGAACACAAACACCAUGAUAUCGUCCCCGCCGGGACCGAGAGGACUGAAAAACAAAAACAGCUUGGGGUCACGCUGCACAGAUCCCAAAACCGAAUUGAUCAGAGGGUUAAAAAGUGGCAGGAUCUCAGACAAGCUGUUGAAGCAGUUAAACACUCUGCUCAGACAGCCAUGGAGGAGAACGAGCGAAUCUUCACCGAGCUUCUGCUUUCCAUAGAGAGAAAGUACAAUGAGGUCAAGGAGAUGAUUCGCUCCCAUGAAAAGACCACCGUGACCCGGGCCGAGCUCCUUCUGAGCCGCCUGGAGGAGGAAAUCACUCUGAUGAGGAAGAGGCACAACGACCUGGAGAAACUCUCACACACUGACGAUCACAUACACUUCCUACAGAGUUGGCAGUCUCUGUCCGGGCCCUCGGGUUAUGAAGAUCUAAACAACGUCAGUGUUGUCCCCAAUUACUCAUUCGAGUCGACCAAGAGAGCCAUUGCUGCACUGAAGCUACAAGUGGAAGAAGUGAGCAAGACAGAAAUGAGUAAAAUCUCUGGAGCAGUGAAGGAAGUUUACGUCACACAAGAAACACGAGAACAUGAGGUGAAAAACUUCAGAGACUCAAUCCUGAGCGAAGAGUCAAGAUUCAUUCCAGAGACGAGAAUGAGGGAAGAACCAAGGACAAGAGAGGAUUUCAUGAAAUAUGCCUGCCAGUUAAUUCUGGAAGUGAACAGUAUCCAUCCCAACCUUCACCUCUCAGAGGGGAACAGAACUGCCACCAUGAGGAGCGAGCCGAAGAACUACCCCAGACACCCGGAACGGUUCGACUUCUGGCAGCAGGUGUUGUGCAGAGACAGUCUGAACGGGACCCGUUCUUACUGGGAGGUGGACCUGAAGGGCUCAGAAAUAGACGUGGCCGUCACAUACAAGGGGAUCCGUCGUAAAGGCAACGAUAACGAAGGCAGCCUCGGCUGGAACAACAAAUCCUGGAGUUUUUACUGGUCUGAGUCAAAAUACUCCUUCACACAUAACAAUCAAAGAACAGACUUCCCAGGACCAGUGCCGUCUCGCGUCGGCGUCUAUGUGGACCAGGCAGCAGGAAUACUGGCGUUUUACGGCGUCUCUGCUGACAUGCGCCUUCUCCACAAAGUCCAGACAGCCUUCACUGAGCCCCUGUACCCUGCAUUUGGUCUGUGGGGCUUUGGUACCACUGUUAGACUGUAGAGACAGCCCACAGCACGGUUGAUGUGCUUUAUGCUUGCACUAAAUCAAUGAUAUUUCUGUGAAAUUGUGAUUUCUUGUUCUUCUCGACAUUUGGUACAAGUUAUUUCUUCUUUAUAUAUUAGCUGCUGUAUGAGUCACUGCUCUUUUGGGGUGAAGUAGAUAUACAUUAUGUGACAGUAAGGCUAGUUCUACAUGUGAAGGCAUGUUGUUCAUGCAUUUUGUGAAUGAAUCCUGUAAAAUGAUGGUACAAUUUCCUAAAUAUGCUGUGUUUUUUUGUCUUGAAUUCACUCGAAACAUCUGUCUGUGAUCAUGUAAAAACCAACAUGUUCAAAGCUGUCAAAAGAUGACCUGUUAAUAUCACCUGAUCAUGUGAAAUGAAUAUGAAGUAUUUUAAUGUCUGGCAAACUUCACUUACAUUUUCAUGGAUGCAUUAGAAUUUGAUUGGUGUUUUUUUAUGGCUUGAUGGAUGGAUGGAUGGAUAUCUUAAUAAUAUAGUCUCAAGCUGUACAUAUUGCUUUGAGUAAAAUAAAAGUAUUUCAGGGCUCAUGAAACA